UAUUUGUACAGUUGCGAAUUCAGCCUGAGGAUGUAUAAAACGGCUGUAUGGAACCAGUUUCUUCCUAGUAUAUUCAGUGGUACAAAACGGUCAAGAUGUCCCCAAUAUAUUUUGUCCUGUUCGCUACUUUGCUAGCUGGAGCUGCCUAUUCUGCGGAGUUGGCAAGGGUAAAGCGACAAUUCCCUGGUGGUGUGCAGCCGGAAGACCCCAGUGAUUCAGCUUACCAUAAACUAGCACAAGAAUCAUUGGUCAAGUACCUCGCAACUAGCCCGGGCGGCCCAAUAGACGUCGACAAAAUCAAAGUAACUAAAGUAACAAGACAGAUUGUUGCUGGCUUCAAGACCGUUCUUGAUUUCACUGUAACUCCUGCCAAUGGCGAAGAUUUUACGUGCCAUUCUGAGGUUCUAGAACAGGCGUGGCUAAACAAGAAAGACAUUGACGUAAAGUGCAAUAAUGAGCAAGUGCCUGACUUUCUUCCCGGUGGUGCAGAAUCGAAAAAUCCCAGUGACCCAACUUACCAAAAACUGGCUCAAGAAUCAUUAGACAAGUACCUCGCAACAUGUCCAGGUGGCCCAAUAGAAGUCGACACCAUCAAAGUGACCAAAGUCACCGAACAGGUGGUUGCUGGCACCAAGACCGUUCUUGAUUUCACUGUGACUCCUGCCAAUGGCAAAGAUUUUACGUGCCAUUCUGAGGUUCUAGAACAGGCGUGGCUAAACAAGAAAGACAUUGACGUAAAGUGCAAUAAUGAGCAAGUGCCUGACUUUCUUCCCGGUGGUGCAGAAUCGAAAGAUCCCAGUGACCCAACUUACCAAAAACUGGCUCAAGAAUCAUUAGACAAGUACCUCGCAACAUGUCCAGGUGGCCCAAUAGAAGUCGACACCAUCAAAGUGACCAAAGUCACCGAACAGGUGGUUGCUGGCACCAAGACCGUUCUUGAUUUCACUGUGACUCCUGCCAAUGGCGAAGAUUUUACGUGCCAUUCUGAGGUUCUAGAACAGCCGUGGCUAAAAAAGAAAGACAUUGACGUCAACUGCAAUACCAAUCAACAAUAAACUGCAAAUCAUGGUUCGGCGGAUAAAGAUUUAAAUGACGAACUAAAAACUUAUUGAUUUGAAUAAAGACUUUUACACCUUAGAAGAAUGUAAUAUUGUGUAUUUUUUCUUAGUCUGCUUAUUAAUUUUAUUAAAAAUUAAAAGUCGUCUGUA